AUGGCAAAGCUUGUCGUAAUCAUAAACGCUUGCUUCGAAUGCAACCAAAGAGUUGCCCAACCUCAAAGCCUGAGGAAGUACCUAGUCACUAAGCAUUCCAUUACUAUUCCUGACAGAACUAGAGCUCAAUGGCACAGCAAUAAUAAUUUCACCUACAUCAAAACAACUACUGCGCAUGAUUCGAUCGAAGAGCAGCUCGGCUGUCCUGCUUAUCUGCAGCAUUAUUCAACAGUGCAGGAACUAAAAGAUCACUACUAUUCCGAUCAUCCAGGCAUAAUACCUCCAAUGCAUCGUCAACAACAACAUCGUCAAAGUACCAACAACGAUGAUUCCGAGGCUGUAUGA